CUUCCUUUCAUUCUACUCUACUAACUUUGCUUAUUCAAUUCCCACUUCUUCUAAUUCUUCAUCCAACUAAAGCACAAAAAACAACUCGAAAUUGGAAAAUGGUGACUAGUCCUCGAAUAGAUUCAUUCGAUUAUCGAACGGAGCUUCUAUCGCCACAGCCGCGGGGAGAAGAAGCUCCGGUGACAAGUGUGCCAUCGUGGAGAUUAACUAUGGAUAAUAUUGAGCUCCCUCAAAGACGUGAUCAUCAUCAGGAUUCUCGUUUUAGUAUUUUUUAUGUCUUGAAAACAUUUAGGACGCAGAAAAAAAUAGCAGAAUAUUAUGAAAGGCAGGAAAAUCUGCUUAAAGAGUUCAGCCAAGUGGAUUCCUUUACAGAACUGGGUACACUGCCUGGGAGUUUGACAGAGGAUGAGAUGAAGAAGGUGGCAAGGAGAGAGCAGGCGGCAAUUUAUGCAUCAAACAUAGCAAAUAUGGUGCUAUUUGUUGCAAAAGUGUACGCUUCAGUUGAGAGUAGAUCCAUGGCUGUCAUUGCAUCCACAGUCGACUCUCUUUUGGAUCUCUUGUCUGGUUUUAUUUUAUGGUUUACAGAUAAUGCCAUGAGAUCUCCCAAUCAGUAUCGCUAUCCCAUUGGCAAGCAGCGGAUGCAACCUGUGGGAAUAGUGGUUUUUGCAUCAGUUAUGGCAACUCUUGGAUUACAGAUUUUGUUUGAAUCAGGAAGAGAACUCAUCACUAAGGCUCAGCCAGAUAGAGAUCCGAACAAGGAAAAAUGGAUGAUUGGGAUAAUGGUUUCGGUGACAAUAAUAAAAUUUGUAUUAAUGGUAUAUUGCCGCAGAUUUAAAAAUGAAAUAGUGAGAGCAUAUGCUCAAGAUCAUCUUUUUGAUGUGAUUACCAACUCCAUUGGUCUCGCCGCUGCCGUUUUAGCUAUCAGAUUCUACUGGUGGCUUGAUCCUCUCGGUGCUAUACUCAUAGCAUUGUACACAAUUCGGAAUUGGUCGAGUACGGUUAUGGAGAACGUAUGGUCAUUGAUAGGGAGGACAGCUCCGCCGGAGUGUAUAGCGAAGCUAACGUAUAUGAUAUGGAAUCAUGACGAGGAGAUCCAACAUAUAGACACAGUUAGGGCUUAUACUUUUGGAUCUCAUUACUUUGUAGAAGCUGACAUUGUGUUGCCCGAAGAUAUGUCCCUCUCUAAAGCUCAUAACAUUGGUGAGACUCUUCAAGAGAAGCUCGAACAACUUCCUGAAGUCGAACGAGCCUUCGUUCAUCUCGAUUUCGAAUUUACUCAUCACCCCGAACAUAAGCCAAAGCGAACAUGAUCAUGACAUCCUAUUAAAAUUGUCGAUGCUUUAGGCCUCCGAGUUUCAUUUUUCAGUAUUUCCUUUCGAUUAAGUUUUUGUACUUUAUCAUUCUCAAAGGACAAAAUUAAUUGAAAACUCGUCGGACUAUGUUUUUAUUUA